UUUAAUUCAAGUUGAACUUUCAGAUUAGAAGUUUGGCUCUCAAUUCCGAAAAUGAACAACAAAAGUGUCCCGAUUUCAAUGAAAAAGCUCUAUAUAGGUAAUUUGCCAUCAGAUGUGGACGACGUGCAGAUUAAACAGCUAUUCGUCGAACAAAGUUUGUCUUGUACCAACGUUAUGGUGAAACGCGGAGGCUACGCUUUUGUGGAUUGUCCCGAUCAGUCGGCAGCAGAUAGGGCCAUUGACAAAUUGAACGGAUUUUAUCUGAAUGGAUCAAUCUUGGCAGUGGAGCCCUCAGUUGCAUCAAGUAAGAAAAGGGCCAACUCCCAGUUCAACGAAGCAACUAAUCCGCACUUCACAAAGAGAGGUUCGCGCUAAUUAUUAUAUUAGUUGUAUGAUUGUAUAAUGUAAACAAUAUAUCAUUUGUUGUAA